UAAUGAAAUUGUUUAAAGUUGGACUAAAGCAAAGUAGCUUACGUUUCGCACACCGAACGUAACCAUAGAUAGGUGACUGUCGCAGCGGUUGGUAGUACUGCGUGUUUCCUGAAAGGUUCUUUCGCUUUGAAGUUUCAAGAUGCCGCCCAAGAAGGACGCAAAGUCCAGCUCGAAGCAGCCGCAAAAGGCUACCAAGAAGAAGGAAGGAGGAGGUGGCGGCAAGGCCAAGAAGAAGAAGUGGUCAAAAGGAAAAGUCCGUGAUAAGUUGAACAAUGCUGUCCUCUUCGACAAGGCCACAUACGAAAAACUGUACAAGGAAGUACCCCAAUCCAAACUGAUCACUCCAUCAGUCGUGUCAGAACGUCUGAAGAUCCGAGGAUCGUUGGCGAAGCGGGCGCUUCAAGAGCUCCGGGAAAAGGGUUUGAUCAAACAAGUCAUCCAACACCAUUCGCAAGUCAUUUACACAAGGGCCACCAAGGCUGAAGAAUGAGAAACCUGGAGUACAUUUUUUGUAUGUAUCGUUAAGGGAAUAAAAUAACAAAAAAGAUA